AUGGACUUGGCUGCUCUCACUAAUCAUGUUGCUACUACUGUAGGUGUUAAAGUUGUCUUAGUUUUGUCAUUUAUAUACCAAAAUGAACUAAUUUCUGACACAACGUUAAUAUCCUUUUAGGCUUGGACGUCAGAAGUCUCUAUUUUUUCUGCGCCAACAAUUUCAUCUUAUCCACUGUACCCAAUUGACAGAAGUAAGAGAUUAAUAAAUAAUAUAAUUUUUACCCUCAUUACAGUAGGAGAAUCGGCGCGCAAUCGUUUUGGAAGACCGUAUAUCUCAGGCCGACCUCUCUUAACAUGUGACCGGAAGAAGAUCAUCGAGAUGUAUAACAGUGGAGCUAGGAAGAUUACAAUCGCCAGGACAAUCGGGGUCACUCACAGUUGUGUCAGCAAGGUGAUUAGGAAGUACGUUAACAGCUACUAUGAACAUAAAGAACUUGUAGGUACGAAGAAACGGGAGAUGUGGACAACAAAAGUUCCCGAACUGCAUCUUGCGCUUGUCCAGGGGAAGCCGAUGCCCAUGAUCCGAGGAUAUGCAGACAUGUAAAGUUCAGGAAAGAGAUGAGUCUAAUCGAUUGGACAAUCCGCAAGGCCGACGUUAAAAGGGAGCCCAGAAUAUUCACAAUUGAAUGGUAGAUUUGCCUUUAAAAAACAAAAGUUUCAGGAUAUUGAGUGAUCAUUGUGCCGCACGGUCUAUCAAUAAGAGCGAAGGACUGCAAACAUGA